GGGGUCGGGGUCACAUGGGUGGACAGCAGAAUCCUAGCGAUAGGAACAAAAACUCAGAAGCAAGACACAGCGUCCUGCCCAUGAGGGUAAAGUACACCAGGGAAGUUGGUCUGAACAACAGAAAGCAAACAACGGAGAACAGUAGGAAGAAAGAGAAGAAGAGUGACAGUUGCUGGACAGAGAAAGGAAAAGAUUCAGCAGAACAGAGGGGGCGGAGGAGGGCUGCGGGAGAUAAGAGUGUGACAAACAGGAGACACUGAGAGGAAGCACAGGGUAUAAAAAUGCCCACCAACUUCACCGUGGUGCCGGUGAAGGACGGCACCAGAAAGGCAGAAGAGGGGAACGACCAAAAUGAUGUGCUGAAAGAGGAGGAGGAGGACGCCGCCACAGGUGAUGGAGUCCCAAAGGAAAACAGUCCUUUUAUCAACAACACAGACGACAAAGGCAACAGCUACGAUGGCACCAACAUGGCACUUUUUGAGGAGGAAAUGGACAGCAACCCCAUGGUGUCAUCCUUCCUCAGUAAACUCGCAAACUACACCAAUCUCUCACAGGGUGCACAAGAGCACGAGGAGGCUGAUGACGAUGAGGGGCCAAAGAAGAAGGCUGUUAAGGUAAAAAAGCACACACUGUAG